CAAGACUGCCCGAACGGACAACUGACGAGGAAAAAGUUCCUGGAAGUCUACAAGCAGUUCUUCCCGUCGGGCAACGCCGAGACGUUCUGCGACCACGUCUUCCGCACCUUCGACCAGGACAACUCCGGCUCGAUCGACUUCCGGGAGUUCCUGCUGGCGAUCAACGUGACCUCUAGCGGCACGCCCGAGCAGAAGCUGAAGUGGGCGUUCCGCAUGUACGACGUCGACGGCAACGGGACGAUCGAGCUCAACGAGAUGGUGAAGAUCAUACAGGCCAUCUACGACAUGCUGGGAGCCGAGGUGACUCAGCAGCAGGACACGCCCGAGGCGCGCGCCAAGAUGAUCUUUGAGCGCAUGGAUGAGAACGGCGACGGACGACUAGAGGAGGACGAGUUCACGAAAGGUUGCCUAGGCGACGAGGAUCUAUACAAGAUACUGACGGCCAGUUAAGAGCCGCGCGUGCGAGCGCGCGUUUGUAGGCGGCGCCGCGUGUCGCUGCGAGCGAGGAGCGCCGCCAUCUUGGCGGACGCGAUGCUAGCGCCACUCGACGGGAUUUUUUUUGCCGCCGGGAUUUCUCCUCAAGAAAAGAAAGAAGGGAAGGAAGUAAAGAGAGGGAGAAGGGAAGGGAGAUAUAGGGGGUACGGAGAGGGAGGGAGAGAUAGGGGAAGGGAGAGAACGAGAGAGAGAGGGAAAGGGAGAGGUUUCCGAGACUAGCGUUGCAGACAAGGGGAACAGGUAAUCUCGGCCGUACUUGUGACUGUGGUGAUGUCGCGCGCUCGCGCCCCCCCCUCCCUGUAUUUGUCACUAUCCGUGUCAUCCCCCGCUCAUCAUGUGGGGGGGGUGUCCCACUCUCGUUCGCGCGGUUCCCUCGGUCGAUGCCGCAGUGCCAUCUAUCCGUGGCUUAUCUACUUAUUUAGGUACUUUGUACUACUUUGUAGGCUCGUGUAGUAUCGGUUCGUUCGUUACCGGAAAAGCUUUUUAACUUUUGUGAUUAAGGUCUUGUAAUCGCUUUGCGCGCGUGUCAGCGAUGUCUAUCUUACUAUCGGGGGUGGGGGGGUUAAUUUAACUGAGAAUUUUUUUCGGAUUAGUCUGCGAGAGAUAUAUGGAUACAUUAGAUUAUAUAUUACCGGUUUGUCAUUUCGAAUUUUAUGUAAUCACUUCACAUAGUGCUGCAUGCAUCUCCAGUUUUACGUCGGACGUAUGCUAUUCCUUCGUAAAUGAGUCAUUAUUUCACAAUUAUCGGGAAAUAACGGUUGUCGUGCCUGUAGAUUAAAUUUAUCCGUAGAACUGGAUGCAUGUGUUUUAUAUGCGCACGCGUGUGAAAAACCUUUCAAACUAUAAAUUUAAUAAUAAAAUGAUGUCGAAGCGUCAGAGUUUCACAUUUCUCCCACCAGGUGGCUGUGAUACGAUCUUAGUAUCUGUAGUGUCAUUGGCUUGCCUUCCGUUAGGGUUGAGCCUUGAAGCUGUCGACAUGUUCGUUCAUGUUUUAUGCUGUGACGGCACAGUUUGGUACCAAGCGAGGAACAAACUUCUUUUGUAAAUUAAGUACGAACCUUUAGGAUUGUACUUGUUUGCAUUCGGUUGGACGUCUCUCCGCAUUAAACUGUAUGUGCAUGUGCUGUUGUACGACUUUCUUUGUGACUAGCAACCUCUCUCUAUAUAUAUAAAUAUAAAUCGAAAAGUAUUUCGUUUGCAUAUAUAUAUAUAUAUAUAUAUAUAUAUAUUCCAGAUUUACUCCUUAUGGUAAUGGCAUACAAACGGCUCUGGUAUGGGAAAUAAUCUGAAUAGUACACUAUAUUUGACACCACGUUAUCAGAUCACUAUGUUAUUACAUAUGUGUAAGAUCAUAACGUGACCUAUCAGUCCUGCUGUUUCAUUCUCAAUUUAAUUAUAUUAUUUUAAUUAUAUUUAUUGGUGGCAUGAUUUUUUAUUCAUACUAUUAAUCCCGAUUUUUCUUCCAACAACCACACUCUGCCCCUUACUGUUUUGCUCUCGUCUCUCCCUCUCUAUUCCUUUCAUCCCUCUCCUUCUUUCCAUAUUUCUCUCCUCUUAUCCCCCCCCCAUCGUUCUCUCCCUGUUUGGUUCUCCCACUUCCCCCUCCCUUGCUAUACAUAUAGUGGUGAAAGUGGUGUGUUAUGCUAGAACAUUUUUAUAUUAUAGAUAUCGUGAAUUUAUUCGACUUCAAUAUAAGAUGUAUUAUUAUUGUUUAUAUAUAUAUAUAUAUAUAUAUACAUAUAUACAUAUAUAUUAUACAUACAAUUGGUACUAUAGAUUGGCACACAUUCCAUGCAUUGUGUAUAUUAUCACCGGUUUGCAUAUAUUAUAAUUAUACGAAUCUCGGGGCAUUCGAUCCACAUUCGAUCCGUCGUUUGCUAUGCAAUCAGAAAGUCUGGUACUCUUAGCUUCGUGGCCACCCACCCUUGCACGUGCGAGAAACAACCACCACGUCGAGGGGCGCGUGUAUAGCCUCAACUCACUAUUAACCAGCUCAAUUAAAAUUCUCCACGUUUAAACGUUUGAUCUUAGCGCGAAAAGCGGCAAAAUACGACUUUGAAUAAAAAAACGGGUGAGGGCAGGCAACGUCGCGUAUCUAGUGCGGAUCGUUUUUUAAGAACUCGAAACGGAAUCCACCGUACGGAUCGUACAUGUCGAUUACACGUGGAUAUUUCAGAGACGGGUAGUGUUGCCUUAUACGGUAUCUGGCGGUCUCCGCUUGUCAAAGGUCAAAGGUCAAGGUCAUUACUGAUCGACCACGAGGUCCCGCGUAUUUUCUCUCUUUUUUUUGUAUUCGAUGUCAUGCGUCUAGCUUUGUACAACAAGGAAGUCACGUGUCUCCCGUCGUCGUCGUCGUCGUCGUCGUCGUCGUCGUCGUCGUCGUCGUCGUCGUAUGUCGCAUUUAACUCAUUUGUCGUUUUGUACACUUCGCGUGUCUAACGUAACUGCCGUGACAUACCCACCCUUCCGUUUUUGACUGCGUGCGCUGGUAGACCAAUUAUCUCUCUAUUAUGCUAACUAUAUACUGUUAGCAGUAUAUAUACUGUUAGUAUUAUAGAGAUCAGCGUGCGAGACGUGAAGGUUUACGAACUAGACGACAGCGCCAUCUCUAGGGGAACUUCAUCAUGAAUAUCACUCGCGGCAAAAGGGAGAAGCGCUUGGUUGUGAUGUAGUCAAACUUAUAAUGCGCUGCUCUUCGUCUCUCUCGAAAUGCUCGAACGAAAAAAAUAUAUUAAAAAACAUUAAACCCCACCCAAAUAAAAUUUAAUCUUUCACACAUGAGGAGCGCUCGCUCACUACUAAUAUUUACUACCCGUUGGUAUGCUAACUAACCAUCCCUGGACCGUUGACAGGGCCUUCGAUGCAUCAUGUUCCUAUCGUAUCUUCUUAUCAAGACCGCAUGAAUGUUGCUGUUGAUAAUAUCGGACCAGUUUUGUGUGACAAGGUCGACUGUGACAAGCUCUCGUUGGUUGCGGUGACCUUCACUCUUGUAAUCGUGGCGUGUGUGUGAAUGACGUUUUUUUUCUUCUUUCUCCAAUCUGUAAUACCUGUAUAAGCGCUAUUGCAAUAAAAAAAAAAUCGCAAACCGUUGCUUGUCCUUA